UAUAUAUAUAUAUAUAUUUUUCUCCAAUGAAGUUAAUCAUCAAGCAAUAACAGAUUAUAAGAGCGUGUGAGAAUGGGGUUGACCGGUGACAGCUCAAUGGGACACUACGCUGAUUGGGGAAGCAACAAAUACAAAGGAAGCCAGAAUGGGUAUGCAGUGGCUUACACCGAAAGUGAAUGUUAUAACCAAAUCCACAAGCCCACCCAUGGGAUGAUCAAACCCCAGAAAGCUUAUGGGAUGGCUGAAACCUGGGAUGAGGAGCAUGCUCAAUCUUACGCCACCUACAAGUCCCAAACUGGACCUCCAAUGUUCAAAACUCAAGUUCAUGGUCCUUCUUGGAAUGGCUUCGGCUUCCACUCCAAUACUGCAACUGCCCACAUGCAAUCCUAUGGCUUUAGUAGCCCCGGAAGAAACGAAGGUCGUGUUUAUGGCUAUGAGGGCCCCACCCCAGCCGCUAGACACCGGAAAAGUAAUGGCGGAAUGGGCCAUGGUUUCGAUAAUCAUGGAAACUACGAAAAAACUAAGGCUUACGGUUAUGAAGAGAGCAAUGGGUAUGGGGAAUACACGAUGAAUGGGAUGGCGCGUACCCAGCCGCACCUUCGCGGCAAACACACCGGACAUGGAAACGGGUUCGUCAAGAACCAAGCUUACGGCCCUACCAAAAACAUGGGCUUUGGAUAUACUGAAGCCGAGUAUAACAGCCAUUCCAAAGAAGAGCAGUACCAAUACUACGGCGGAACAGGUGGAUACCAUGCUGGCAACGACCACUCGGCUAAAGGUCUGAUAAGGAAUAAUUCGGGUGAUAACAGCUGCAGUGACUCUGAGAGUGACAACGACGACGAUGAUUAUGGGUUUAAGAAGAAGGUCUGGGUAAGCAGAGCAAUAUGAGGAAUUCUAGAUAUGCAUGCAUGUACAUGGUGGAGAUGUUGGCAUGAUGAAAGCCAGACAAUAUAAACUACAAUAAAAUAAAAUUGCCAUGUAAGAAACUAGAGAAUAAAGAUUAGCCCUUAUACACAUAUCUUGUUGAUGUUUGCGUAUAAUGUAAUAUGUGGUUAUGAAUUAACGAUUAAACCUCACUCUAGAUGGGAGUUUGAGUUUUUUUUUUUUAAA